UCAUGCUAUUAGGCUUUGUAUUUUUUAGUACUACUUUCCCUUAUUAAGUUAGUAAAUUCACCAGUUUGUGUGAACUUAAACGUAACGUGUGUCACUGAACUUCUAAGGUCAGUAAGAUGGUUGGGAGGCAGACGCACCGAAUGGACGGCGGCAAUUGCUCCGUGACGGUGGUGGAUGACAGCCCGGGCUCCAGUCCGAGCUCCAGUCCCGCGGGCCGGGUGCCCCAGCAGGCCGGCGGAGGUGGCGGCAGAGGUCGGCCGGCGGCGGCCAACGCGGCGCGGGAGAGGAGCCGCGUGCAGACCCUGAGGAACGCCUUCCUGGAGCUGCAACGGACACUGCCGUCGGUGCCGCCCGACACCAAGCUGUCCAAACUGGACGUAUUGAUACUGGCCACAACGUACAUUGCCCACUUGACUCGAACUCUGCAAGAGGAAGGUGCCGAGGAAGGCGAGAGCACAAAACACACGGAGGCGUUACACUCGCUCAAAGGGGAAGGAUACCUGCACCCGGUCAAGAAAUGGCCGAUGAGGUCCAGACUGUACGUGGGAGCGAGCGGUCAUUUCCUGAACAAUACUUCAGAAUCUGAGAACCAAGGCCCGUCAUCAUCAUCAUCAUCAUCAUCGACCUCCAAGUAA